AUGGCCGCCCUAUUCCGCCGGCCAGGCUCACUGUGCCAAUGUCAGCGCGCAUUCUCGACCUCAUCACCGCGCGCCGUCAGUCUACAGUGGGAUAAGAACGACCCACAGGUAUUGGCGGAAACACUGCCACCCUAUCCCUACGGCCCGACACGAUGGUAUAAACAAUCAAGACUGGGUCUCUACGGUGGACAGCGCAUUCAAUUCGGCAACAACGUGGGCGAGAAGAUCGCGGUCAAGACGAGACGAACGUGGCAUCCCAAUAUCUUCACGCGGAAGCUGUUCAGCAAAAGCCUGAACCGGCCGGUACAGGUUCGCGUGAGUGCACGUGUGCUUCGAACGAUUGAUAAGCUGGGUGGGCUGGAUGAGUACCUAUUGGGCGAGAAGGAGGCUAGGAUCAAGGAACUGGGCGAGUCUGGCUGGUGGCUUCGAUGGGCCAUUAUGCAGACUCCGAGUGUAAAGAAGCGCUUUAGGGAGGAAAGAAAGGCACUAGGAUUAGUGGAGGAGGUUGACACAAUUGCGCAAGGCUUUGAAUCAUUCGAAGCCAUUGCGGAAGCCGAUCAGGAGGACAUCCUUGAGAAGACUGAGGCCAUUCCAAUGACGGACGAUGCCUUCGAAGUGGAGCACUCGGCAGAUCUCCCAGUCAUCAAAUUCCGUGUCGGUCCUGGAAAGCACGUUAUGCUCGCAUCCGAUGGAUGGCGGAGAACUCGGCCGGACCCGCAACGAUGGAUAGAUCAGGAGAAGGCGAAGAUUGCAGAACGCUUUCCAGAUUAUGUGGAGAGUCGACUGGAGAUGUUCAAGGAGAAGCUUGAUAGAAGAGCAGCGGCCGUCGAGCUUUUCAGCGAAGAUGAACGGCGGACGCUGAUCAAUGCCGCGAGAAGGGAGUUCCGCGCGGAACUGAACCAGAAAAUUGACGACCUCUACCAGUCUCGUGUUGCAUCAAGAGAACAAAAACAGCGACUCAGAGAUGCAGCACGAAAGCAGGCGUCGCAGCAGGUCAGCAGUGAGUUCCCUGCAGGAUUGGAGAUAUAG